AUGAAGGGCAAGGAGCGCUCGCCCGCCAAGGCCAAGCGCUCCCGGGGCGGCGAGGACUCGGCGUCCUCCUCCUCCUCCUCGCGCGGCAGCAAGAAGCCGAGCGGCUCGUCCGGCGGAGGCGGCGGCUCCAACGGCGGGAAAGCGGCGGCGGCGUCCGGCGAGAGCAACAGCGGGAGCGGCCGGCGCGGCGCCCACGCGGACAAGGGCGGCCGCGCCGGCAGCCGCGAGUACGAGACCGGUUCGGCAGCGGCCGCGGGCGGCGGGAGCCGGCACGGCUACAGCGGUAAAAGCGCGGAGGCGUCGCGGAGCAGCAGCAGCCGCGGCGGUGAAUCGCGGGCGGCCGCCGCCGCCGCCUCCUCUUCCUCCUCCUCGUCGGAGCCGGGCGGCGGCGAGUACAAGACGCUGAAGAUCAGCGAGCUGGGCUCGGCGCUGAGCGACGAGGCGGUGGAGGACGGGCUUUUCCACGAGUUCAAGCGCUUCGGCGACGUGAGCGUCAAGAUCAGCCGGCUGCCGCCCGGCGCCGGCGCCGCCGACGAGCGCGUGGCCUUCGUCAACUUCCGCCGGCCCGAGGACGCGCGCGCCGCCAAGCACGCCCGCGGCCGCCUCGUGCUCUACGACCGCCCGCUCAAGAUCGAGGCCGUCUAUGUCGGCGGAGGCAGCGGCCGCCGGCGCAGCAGCCGCUCCCCGGCGCUGCUGGACAAGGAGUCUCCCUACGGCACGGCGGCGGUCGGGGCGGUGGCGGCGGCCGUGCGGCACCCGCCGGCCGGGGCCGCACAGCGGGCGCUGUCCCCCGCGGGCAGCGGCGGAGCUUUGGGAUACCGGGACUACCGGCUGCAGCAGCUCGCCCUGGGCCGGCUCCCGCCCCCGCCGCCGCUGCCGAGGGAGCUGGAGAGGGAGCGGGACUACGGCAGCUUCUACGAGGCGCGGGUGCGGCCGGCCUACGGGCUGGAGCGCGUGGCCGGAGUGGCGGCGGCCGGGGGGUUCCGUGGAGGAGGAGGAGGUGCCGGAGCCGCCGGUGAGGAGGAGAUCAGCCCUGAGGAUGACCAGAGAGCCAACCGCACGCUGUUCCUGGGCAACCUGGACAUCACCGUGAGCGAGUCGGACUUGCGGCGAGCGUUUGACCGUUUUGGGGUCAUCACUGAGGUGGACAUCAAGAGGCCGGGGCGUGGGCAGACCAGCACCUAUGGGUUUCUUAAGUUUGAGAAUCUGGACAUGGCGCACCGGGCCAAGUUGGCCAUGUCAGGGAAGGUGCUGCUGCGCAACCCCAUCAAGAUCGGGUACGGGAAAGCCACCCCGACCACCCGGCUCUGGGUGGGCGGCCUGGGGCCCUGGGUGCCCCUGGCUGCCCUGGCCAGGGAGUUUGAUCGGUUUGGCACCAUCCGCACGAUCGAUUACCGCAAAGGGGAUUCCUGGGCCUAUAUCCAGUACGAGAGCCUGGACGCGGCGCAGGCAGCCUGCACCCACAUGCGGGGGUUCCCCCUGGGGGGGCCGGAUCGCCGGCUCCGUGUAGACUUUGCCGACACAGAGCAUCGGUACCAGCAGCCCUACCUGCAGCCCCUGCCCUUGCCACCCCCGGCUCAUUACGAGCUUGUGGCGGAGGCGGCUGCUUUUGGGGCUCACCGGGGAGCCCCCCCUGACCCUCUCCGGGGGGCCCGGGACAGGACGCCACCGUUGCUCUAUAGAGACCGUGACAGAGACCUUUAUCCCGAGACAGAGUGGGUGCCCCCGCCGCCCCCUGUGCGGGACCGGAGUAACCGGGCAGCUGCCUAUGACCCACUGGAAAGCCUGGAGCGCCGCCGGGAUGGGUGGUCCUUGGAGCGGGACCGCGGGGAGAGGGAGCUGGGCAGUAGCAGUAGGGAUCAGCCUAGGAAACGGAGACUGGCGGAGGAUGGAGGCCGGCACUUGGACCGUUCCCCUGACAGCGAGCGCUCCUCUUCCUCCCGAAAGCGCCACUGCUUGGCCACAACCUCUCCCCCGGACCGCAGCCCCGAGCUCCUGGGAGGCCGGGAGCGUUACAGUAGUGACCCCGAGCGCUCAUCCCGCUUGCUCCUCUUGGAGCGACCUUCCCCCAUCCGGGAGUCCCGCCGGGGCAGCCUGGAGCGGGGGCAGAACGAAAAGCGCGACCGCAAGAAUUCCGCAGAGCGGGAGCGCAAGCACCGCGCCGCCACUGCCGCCGCCCAGGAGUGCAAAAGUCCGGCCAAAAAGGACGAGCGGGCGGCGGAGGGAGGUGGCGGAGGCUCCCGGCUCAAACCUCCUCCCCAGAAACAGCAGCAGGACGGAGCAGCGCAGGCCGGGGCAGCGCCCAAGCUGUGCCUGGCUUGGCAGGGGAUGCUGCUGCUGAAGAACAGCAACUUCCCGUCCAACAUGCACCUGCUCCAGGGGGACCUCGGAGUCGCCAGCAGCCUCCUCGUGGAGGGAGCGACGGGGGGGAAAGUGGCUCAGCUCAAGAUCACCCAACGUCUCCGUCUGGACCAGCCCAAGUUGGACGAGGUGAACCGGCGCAUCAAGGUGGCGGGUCCCAAUGGAUACGCCAUCCUUCUGGCCGUGCCCGGCGCCUCCGACAACCGCACCGCGGCCGCCGAGGCCGCCACCACCUCCACGCAGAGGCCGCUCAGGAAUCUGGUGUCCUACCUAAAGCAAAAGCAGGCUGCUGGGGUGAUCAGCCUCCCUGUGGGGGGGAACAAAGACAAGGAGAACAGCGGGGUCCUGCACGCCUUUCCGCCCUGCGAUUUCUCCCAGCAGUUCCUGGACUCCACGGCCAAGGCGUUGGCCAAAUCAGAGGACGACUAUCUGGUCAUGAUCAUUGUCCGAGCAGAGAACGUGGACAGUGGCACAAAGGUUGCCUGGUGUUUUUCCCCCUUUCUGUGCCGCUCCAGGGAUGUAUUAAUUAAAUGUUGGGGGUGUGGAUGCUGUCACACACGCUGCUGUUGCUGUGCAUUAAUGAGUUGCCACCUCCCAGCCCAGCUCCUGUGCCCAGGUUGGGUUUGAGCUCGUGUGUGCUGUCCCAGCGUGGGGGUGGGAUGUGCUCAGCCCCACGAGUGGAUGAGCUGGAGAUUAAUUGUGGGUCACAGCUACUUCAUCUCCUUAUCUGCCCGCCUUCACCUUCGUUCCUGGUUCUGCAAUUGCAGCCGAAGAUGGGGCUGGAGAUUUUUAGCUCUCUUCAGUAUUUCCUGUCCCCAGAUCAGUGAUAGGUCAGGCCAGGCUUUAGCAAUGCACACCACUUGACCCAGCCCCGAGCUGGCAGCUUGCCCUGGCGUUUCUGCCCUUUGUGCAGGCAAGCACUCGGAUCCUCCAGCCAGGCUCUGCUUUCAGAUGCGUGUGCUGCAUUUCCAGGCUGUACAGUUGCACAUUUGACAUAUGGCUGAGGAC